CCAAACUGUCAUUCGAAACGUCACACUGGCCGCUUUUUUGCUGUGGGAAAACAACAAAAAUCGCAUUUUUGAGGGAUUUUCACGUGAAUUUUCCCUGCGGAAAGUGCUCUCCCGGCCUCUGGCACCCCACCCGCCUCCGAGAUGGACUACGAUUUGGACACUUCCGGAGGUCUCAUGCCGGUGAUUCAGGAGCUGAUAAAGCCACCAGACGAGGAGGGCGCGAAGAGUUGCAAGAAAACUCAGCAUCCGUACUACAAACGUCCGGGAAGGGGGCACAAUCACGACUCCUGCGACGCCUGUCGCGAGGGUGGCAAUCUCAUUUGCUGCGACAGGUGUCCGUCGAGCUUCCAUCUGGGUUGUCACGAUCCUCCGCUCACUGAAGAGGACAUUCCGUCUGGCCAGUGGCUCUGCCACACCUGCCGGAUGACCCCAAAGACGACGGUGGAUCGGGGCAGCAAGAGUGAGAGUGCAGCGGAGAACUCCAGGCCGUCAUCGCCUGGCGACGAGGCGAAGGAAGCGCCGCAGAAGCGUCUGUGCAAGCGAAGCAGCUCCAGAGCGUCGGCGUCCAGUGACUCCAGCGUGUCCAGGAAGGUGCUGGAGAUGCGCAAGCUCACGCCCAUGGAGGAGUUGAUUCGUGCCGCGAGUGUACUGAAUCCCAGGCAGUUUGAGUUGCCGCGCGAGCUGGAAAUGCACCAUCAAUUCCCGGGCGAUGACAAGCUGGAGCCGUCCGGGUGUCAGAGGAAUGGGAAUGGCAAGAAGAUCACACGUCGGACGAAACCCCACGAGUUGGACGCCAAUGGAUUGGUUCCUCUGCCCGCCCGGACGUGCUUCACGUGCCGGAAAUCCUGCAAACGCGCUCCGCUCGUCGCCUGUGACUUCUGCCCGCUCUUCUUCCACAUGGACUGUCUGGAUCCGCCUCUGGCCGCCCUGCCGGCCAACGUGUGGAUGUGCCCGAACCACGCGGAGCACUUUGUGGACUGGAAGCUGGUGCAGAGCGACUCGCACAGCGAGAGAAUCAAGCUGUGGAGCAAAUUCACGGGUCCGGUGGAUCAGGAAGUGGUGAAGGCGCAGUUCCUGCGGCGCGCGUACAGCAAAAACCCACCGUUCCGCGUGAAGCUGAAACCGAGGCCGCGCGACGUGGCGCAGAUCCCGGAGAUGAUCGCCUAUCACUACAGCAAUCCGCCGGACUUGCUGCCGUCGCUGCGCAGCGUGAUGCGCUACGAGGCGGUGAAGAUGCGGGCGCAGGAGAGGCUGCAGGAGGACGCGGAGGCGCUGCCGUUGGAGGACGACAAGGAGGAGGUGGCGAUCAAGGAGGAGAAGUGCCAAACGGAGGAUUCCGACACACUUGAGCGCGAACUGAGUCACUUGGAUGGGAAUCUCAUCAAAUUGCUCGCCUAUCAGCGCCUGCAGCAGAUCAUGAGUGAGAAUCCGGAUCUGAUUGGGCGCGUGCACUACAACAAUGUGGCCAAGACGAUCCGGGAGUUGUCGCGAUCGAAUCCGCUGAAAGGCGCGCCGCUGCCCAGUGAAUUGCUCUCGUCCAGCGACAUUGCGCGCAUCGCCAGUCUGUUCGAGUCGCCGCUCAAGGAUGACAAGUCGCGCAUCUGCGAGAUGAUCUACGGCCGCAACUCCGUGCCGCCGCGGCUGCGCGAGCCGCUGGGGCAGGAGAAGAUCCGCGCGCGCGCCGUGCUCACGCCCGUCGGCGACGUGCUGUGCGCCGUGUACAUGCGCUACCGCCGGCUGACGAUCGGCGCCGGCGCCGGCUGCGACCUCGUGCUGGAGAACUUCGGCCGCUGCCGCCAGACGUCGCAGAAGCACGCCGUGAUCUUCUUCGACGACGCCACGCAGCAGUUCGAGCUGCUCAACUACUCCGAGUUCGGCACGGAGGUGAACGGGCAGUUCUUCUCGCUGGACUUCACGGAGCGGCCGCAGGGCGAGGAGGCGCGCCGCGGCUCGCCGGAGCCGCUGGACGAGAGCAAGCGCAAGGCCAAGCGCCGGAAGAAGCACAAAAAGGAGGCGGACAAGGAGCCGGAGAAGGAGAUGAACGGCGUGGACAUCGAGAGUCUCGUGCGCAACGUCAUCGACCGGAAGCGAGGCAUCAAGAGAAUCGAGCUCACGGUGGACAAGAGCGCGAGCAUGGCGGCGCCGGAGCAGUUUCCGUGCAACUGCGCGAGUCGCUUGCCGCUGACGGCGGGCUGGGAAGGAUCUGCGAUCCUGAAGCACGGCUAUUUGCUGCGCUUCGGCUGUCUGGCCUUCGUCUUCUCCGUGAUCGACGAGGCGCCGCUGGACGCCGUGGAUUGAGGCGCCGCCGGCGCUGCAUGCUAGCUAAAUCGGAUUGUAGGUGAAGUUUAGGAUUAAGUCCUGUUCAAAAAACUGUACGUUAAAUUGUCCCUCUUUUGCCAAUAAAUAUUCCUCUGUGAGA